CUUACAAACUUACUCAUAGUUAUGCAUCAUCAGGACGAGUCUAUUUCCCCACUAUUUGCGGUCAAUUCUCAAGUCUGUCAGGUUGAUCGCAACUCCUCGCUACCAUCAACGGCACCUGCAAUGACCACACCUUCCAAUGCUUCUGCGCCCACUCCCUUUGCCACCACCAAUGGCUGUAAAUCGGAUUUUUCAUCAGCAGAGACAGCACCUGUUCGUCGUGCCUUCCAGUGGGAUGUCCAGCCUGCUCUGGCUGGUCGAGCCCAAUGCGGUUUCGUUGGCCUUCGCAACGGCGGUGCAACCUGUUACAUGAAUGCCGUUCUCCAGCAGUUAUUUAUGCAGCCGGGUAUUCCGGAGACGUUAUUGAGUGUGACGGAGACUGAGGAUUUAGACGAAAAAAAUAUUUUAGUACAAACACAAAAGCUCUUCGGACAUUUACUGACUUCUCAGCUUCAAUUCUACAGUCCCGAAUCAUUCUGGGCAGCGUUUAGGCUUUGGGACCAGAAGAAUCCAGUAAAUCCUAAAGAACAGCAAGAUGCUUUCGAUUUUUUUCAGGCUCUUAUUGAUCAGCUAGACGAAGAAUUGAAGGUUAGUCUGACCAUUUGUUUAAAUCAAGACUUAAUUAAGUGA